AUGGCAAACUCUUCUUUAACUUGGCGCUCGGGCGACGGUGGAGGUCUCCAUACGACUACUAAUAAUUAUUCUGCUUUUACAGCUGAGUCACCAACCUCUCCGAUGCAACAGUAUUCCCAAGGUUUGAGCGAAGUCGGUUCGAGCAGUAGUGCUUGUGCACUGGCGCUUGGUCUUAAUGCCCGCCCCAUUGGGGAUAAGAUCAUUCUAAGAUAA